GCUCGGGGCUCCGCUCGCCCGGGGCUCCCCGCCCGCCGCUGCUCCGCGCCCGGGGCCGCCCGCCCGCCGCCAUGAAGCUCGUCAGGUUUCUAAUGAAGCUGAGCCAUGAGACUGUGACCAUUGAACUGAAGAAUGGGACGCAGGUGCAUGGAACGAUCACAGGAGUGGAUGUCAGCAUGAACACGCAUCUCAAAGCAGUGAAAAUGACACUGAAGAACAGAGAGCCUGUACAGCUGGAGACGCUGAGUAUUCGAGGGAACAACAUCCGCUACUUCAUUCUGCCAGACAGUUUGCCUCUGGAUACUUUGCUAGUGGAUGUUGAACCAAAAGUCAAAUCCAAGAAAAGAGAAGCAGUUGCUGGAAGAGGCCGUGGAAGAGGCCGUGGCAGAGGCCGAGGUCGUGGAAGAGGAAGAGGAGGCCCAAGACGAUAACUUCCCAUCAUGCAACUCUUACCAAAUUCUGGGCAAUUUCAGCUAUUUUUUGUACAGGUCUUGUUUAUCCAUUUUUAAUAAACUGAAAUGUGAAAA